UGAGGUAAACAAACCAGCCGCAGGUAUAGGACAUCUUUCGGUUAUUUGCCUGAUGGAAUUGUGCCUUGGGUUUUGUGACAGUUUUGCCAUUGCCAACGUCCCGAAGAGGAAUGUCUCUGUACCACCUGCAUCAUAACCGUGUUGCAGUGUGAUUGUGUGUCCUGGAUUACCUUGUAAAUACCCUGUCAGUAAGCCUGACGAUCAGAGCAUACCCAUGUCCAGGAAGCAGUCAGGAAAGCCGGUGCGGGGCAACAGGAAGUGUGACGUGGAAAGGAAGCGAGAUGAGAGGGCGGUGCGCAGGGCUUUGGCCAAGGACAGGAAGAACCGCCCCCAGGGGGAUGACGAGGGCGCGGAAUUCAUCAGCUUCACCAAUCAGCUACAAGCGCUGGGCCUCAAACUGAGAGAGGUGCCCGGGGAUGGGAACUGCCUGUUCCGGGCCCUGGGGGACCAGCUGGAGGGCCACUCCCGGGGGCACCUGCGGCUGAGGCAGGAGACGGUGCAGUACAUGCAGGCGCACCGGCAGGACUUCGAGCCCUUCGUGGAGGACGAUGUGCCUUUCGCUCAGCACGUGGCAAACCUCUCUCAGCCAGGCACGUUCGCGGGAAACGACGCAAUUGUGGCAUUCGCUCGCAGCCAGCAGCUGCGGGUGGUCAUCCACCAGCUCAACGCUCCUCUGUGGGAGAUAAAUGGCUCAGAGAAACCCGUGUGUCGAGAGCUUCAUAUUGCAUAUCGGUACGGCGAUCACUAUGAUAGUGUGCGACCGAUUGGAGACAACUCUGAGAACCCCACUCAGCUGCGCAUCGAGAAUCUGAACCGUUCAAGAGCACUGGGUGAGGCUGGGUGUCCAGGUGACAAACAGAACAUCCCCCUCUCCACUUCCCCUGAGGAGGAUGAUCUCAUUCUGAGCUGUCUCGAGGCCCACAGUCCUGCUGGUCAAGGAGAGGGUCAUGGUCCGUUCAGUGGUGCCGCACUGAGUUCUUCGGCAGAGGGGCUGGAACCCGCCUACUGGGAGGAGUCUGGAACUGUGCCACGCCCGUCAAACCAAAUUGCACCAACAGAAUGCAGUGACAACAAGUCGUCAAAGGAGAGUGGCACCUGCCAAAGAGCCAAGAUGUCAAACAAACAGAGAAAAGAACAGCAGCGUCUGGAGAAGAAGAAGAGACAGGAGGAGAGACACCGACAGAAGGCUUUGCUGAGCCAGGCUGGACAGGACCAGAACCUGAACCCCUCUGAACCUGUCACGUUGGUACCAGCUCUCAGCACCCUCAGCAUUUAGGAGAAACUCUGCUGGAUGCGACCUGACGGGUCGCAUAACCAGACCUGUAAAAUCAGGAGUGGCUUCGCCAUGGUUUUAGCAUCCAGUCACAGGAAUCACAGUUUCAUAAACCUCUGUUUCUGCAGUGUACCGGGCGUCUGCGUUUGAAUGAGUGCGCGACUGCGGGUGUGGCUGUUUGCGAGUGUGUGUAAUGCUGAGAUGAUGAGUAAUAGUUUCCACUCUGGAGAGACGCCGUCUGGGAUGUUUAAUUGACACAUAGACGCACUUAGCCACCGAUUCUCCCUCUGUCUCUCUGGAUAUUUGCCUUAAUCUGAUUGCUUACUCUUUCUGACUCCUGCCACAGAGGAAAGGCCAAAUGGAGUUGAGAAAGACCAGGAAUAAAGACUGUUUGGGCAGUUUGAAUCUGCUUCAAAGAAAUGUUGCAUCAUUUUUUGUGAUGUGCUGCCUGUUGCAUUUUCUUCACCCUUUAUUUUAGGUGAUAAAGCAGCAUGCUCUUCAGUAGCUGUCUGUCUGGUUUAAAAUGAUUGCAAUAAAGGCCUUAGAAAGGUACUAUAUGCUUUCUGGAAUCAAGUAGAAUGUAAAAAUAAACAACUCAACCUU